AUGUCUCAACAACAACAACAAACACUUUUAGGACGAGAAGAUGAUCAUGACGAAUACCAUCAACAUGAAGAGGCUUCUACUUCUUCUCAUUACCGAUCACCAUCAUCGGAUCAAACACAAAAGUAUUCAUCAAUGGCCUACAUGAUGGAGAAUAGUCUUGUUUCAUUGCUAUUGGCUCUUUUCUUCUUUCUAAUUGGUGUUUUAAAUCUUGUACAAUAUACAAUCAUGUUUUCUACUUCGGUUUUUCCAUUAACGACCGUUGAUGAUCAAUUAGUACUUGCAUAUUACAUUACGGAUAUGAUCUUUUACGCUUCCAUGGUGGUGAUGAGUGUUUUACUUGUGUUUUCAACGAUUGCUGCUGCCAAGCGACGUUGGAAAGUUCAUCUCUUCCUUGUAUUGUUGUAUACCAUUGUAUUUGUGAUGGGAAUGUUCUUGGCAAUAGGAUCUAUGGCGCUCUCAAUUGUGGUAGCUGCACGUAAAGGACAAGUGGGUUUUGCCAUUAUUAGAAGCAUGUUAUUGGCCAUCAUGUUUUGCAUGUUUUGUGCUAUUGUUAAUUGCAUGUUCUUGCCUGUCAAGUUUAGACAAUCGAGAAGAGAAAUUAGACAAGGUGACGAUUAUUCCAUGUUGUAA